AUCAGACAUUUCUCCACGAUCGGCGGUGAUGUUUUCAUCGCGAGUGCCGAAAUGAACAGGCUCUGAAGCAAUACAAUCUUAAGCCUUUGGCGAGAAUUGUUGCGGGUGCUGAUGCAGCUACUGAACCAAUCGACUUUCCGAUUGCACCUGCCUUUGCCACUCCAAAGUUAUUGGAACUCGCCGGAGUCAAGAAGGAAGAUGUGACAAUGUGGGAAAUCAACGAAGCGUUCAGUGUUGUAGUUCUAGCGAAUAUCAAAAUGCUGGAUAUCGAUCCCAGCAAAGUGAACAUUCAUGGCGGAGCUGUCAGUUUAGGCCAUCCCAUUGGGAUGUCUGGAGCGCGAAUUGUGACGCAUCUGGUCCACACCUUGAAAGCUGGUCAAAAAGGUGUAGCUUCGAUUUGCAAUGGAGGUGGUGGUGCUUCGUCGAUCCUGAUCGAGAAGCUGUAAGUGGUUCGUUGAAAACCGGUUGGAGUGCAAUCCUGUUUGUGUCUCCUUGGACAAUGUUCGAUUUCCAUGUGUGGGAGAGUGAGACACGCAAUAGUUCUGUGCUUGCUUGCGGAAAAGCAACUUUGGAUGGAAACAGUCGGGAAGAUGUGCUAGUGUUGACGCUGUUAACAAGGAAACCGUGACUCAAAUCAGGCAUUUUUUCACCUGGAUUCGCUGGAAAUCUUUUGACAUCAGUGCGACGUAAAAUGAGGAGUGGAACGUGACAUCUCGUGUUCUUCAUUUUGUCGGCUGUUUCUUGAUGAAUCAGCCGAAAUCCAUAGCUUCUACGAAGUAAAAUCGCGAAUUGUCAAAUGAAGGAUUAACAGAUUUUUUCUCCCGAUGGGCUUGUUCGAAAAGUUGGCUAUUUCCUUUUUGGGGCGUUCUUUAGUUCUGUUCGCAUGCGUUGCGAAUUUUGAAUUACAGCUAUGAUUUGUGUUCUUGUUUUCCUAGAUUGAUUCGCUUUGGUCUUUUGCUUCGCAAUUUCUUGAGACAGCCGUGAAAAGAAAUUCGACUUUAUUGACGUUGAUAUUUUUGAGUCCUGGAAUUUUCAGUGAUCUAACUUCACGAUGCGGGAAUGAAAUGUGUGCGUGACAAUUAUAGGCAUAGAAUUUUGGAGGUUC